AUGGACCCAAGCACCCUCGCGGUAACGCCCGCCCUCGCUCCUCCGCCAGGCGUGAGGCCGGACUUCGUCAACUCAUACUCACUACUGCCAUGGAUAACCGCCACUGCUUCGGUCUGCAUGGUGCUUACGGCCUUGGUGCUGGCCCUGCGAAUGUUGACUAAAACAGUGGUCAUACGGUCGGUUGACUGGACAGAUUAUAAUGCUCUUCUUGGCUUUGCUUUCUAUACAUCGUUUGUAGGAUGCGCUCUUGCUAUUAACUCGCAAAGACGUGGCCGUCACCAAUGGGAUAUGUCAAUGCUAACUCUCCUUGAGACCCUCGAGGUGGGCGUCCUUCCUUGUGCCAUUAUUGCGACUGACGCAGCUUACCACUCCCAGCUCGAGAAUAUCGCCUCCAUCAUGUACUGCAUCGGGAUCAUGUUUGCCAAGCUUUCCAUCCUCUUGCUCUACAUGAAACUCUUUGUGCCGAUUCGUCGUGGCGGCGUCUUCUGGGCCAACCAAGUCCUGAUCUACGUCAAUGGACUCUUCUAUAUUGGGGCGGUUGUGGCCUUGAUCUGUCAAUGCAUCCCACGCGCCAAGAUAUCGCAACCAAGACUGCCAGGACGGUGCACAAACGUUUAUCUGUCCUUUAUGAUCAGCGGCGUCUUCAACGUGCUAUCAGAUUUUUUCAUAUUGAUCUUUCCACUGUGGGCUAUUUGGCAUCUGCAGAUGCCGCUGAAGCGCAAGUUCGGUGUGAGCAUCGUAUUCGCUACAGGAGUCUUUGCCCUCCUUUCCAGUAUCAUGCGCCUUUAUUAUACGUCCCAGCUUUCAUAUAAUCAUGACCAAACAUUCAUCAUCGCCAAAGUCGCGCUCUGGACAACCGCCGAGGUUGCCACCGUCCUCCUCUGCGGCUCCUUCCCAAUUCUGCCCCGACUUACCCAAUUCAUCAAAGAAUCAAAGAAACGCCCACGGCCGAUGACCAAAGCAUCCAAUCUUAGUUGUGAACAUCAUUUGGAUGGCUCUUGUUGCGCUGGCACUUUGGGGUCGGAAAAGUCACUGGGAACCGCCAGUUCAGAGGACGAGCAUGCCAGAGCCGUCGAUACGUCGCGAACGCUGGUGUAG